AUGAGCGACACAGACUGGAAUAAAUUCAAAGUACCAGAACUAAAAGCAAAAUGUAAAGAACUUGGAUUACACGUUAGCGGUACAAAAAAAACGCUGAUAGAACGAAUUUUAUCUUACUACCAUGUCGAUCCAAAUCAAACGAAAAAUGUUGAGAAAGUUUUACAGAAGCCUGAUAAGCGUGAAGUUAGUGAUAAUAUUGAGGCAUCUCAAAGGAAAAGUAAAAGGAUCGAUGAUGAUUCAAGAAGCGAAAUAACCUUUAGUGAUGGGUUGACUUGCUUAAGUGAAUUUCCUGUAAUACGAAAUAUUGAAUCCCCUGUUUCCUCAACGGAAGAGACGCAGGACAACUUAACCGCAAUACCAGUCACGGUUGAAACAUCUCCAACACAAGAUGAUGCAUCCGAAUUUUCAAAAUCAUAUUCCAAGAAGACACUUUUUGUCAAUACAAAAAUUAAUACAAAGAUACCAUCACAAAAUGCAUUCAAUACAGACCCAAAUCUGAAUCAGCUAGCUUUAUCAAAUGUUAUAUCAAAAGUUUCGAGACCACAUUCAAUCAACACCAAUACAAAUAAGAAUACACCGCUUAACCUUUCACAUCGGUCAUCAGCCUUUAGAGAAACAGGAAAACCGAAAAGACAAAAAAUUCAUCACGUAAUUCACAAACAAAACAAUAUAAAAAACUACAUUACCAAACCAAAUAAUAUGGAUUUAGCAUCAAACCAGACACAACCCAUACUAUUUCCAUUGAUUCAAAUUCCUCAAGACGUUUCACAUCAUGAAAUACGCAGAAUUGAGAUGUUAACAAGUUGCCUUGAACGAACCGAUUUUCAAACUGUUCUGGCUGCAGAACAUGUUUGCCGUUUGUGGAAAUGUGCAGGUUAUAUUGGAUUAAUUGAAAAUAUGCCGUGCAUUUUAGACGCGGAUGAAAUCAUUGAUGAAAUUUGGAAAAUCAGAUUGGUGAAUAGUGAUGAAUUGAUGAUUCUUGGUGCAACAGGAGAAGUUAUUGGACACGGCUUUGAUAAUAUUCGUGACAAUAACCACACUCAAGAACCAUCAAGAAUCGGAUGGUCAACUUUAAAAAAUUGGAUCGCAGCAGAAUUACAUUACGGUGAAGUUAAAGAGCAAUUAAGAGUAGAUUGGGCAACUUAUAUUUGCUCGAAAUCUCAGUUUAUACCGGAUAAAAAUAAAGAAUAUAUUUUACCGUCAACAAUCGAUAAUUCACCAGUCCUUUUAAUUAACAAAGUUAUCACUGAAAAUGAAAACUAUCCAAAUUCAAUUCAUAAAUCCAUAACUUUUGAAAGUACGUUCUUUCGUCUGUUGAACCUUUUACGAUCUCGGGAACUUUGCAACCCAAGCCGCACUUGA